UUCAGUUUUCUCUUGGCGCCUGAAGUUUUUCGAGCCCGGAGAUGGACUUGUUGAAGUUGGAAGACAACAUCCGCCAAGACCCGGACGCUUACAGGGAGGAGUUUUUGCAGCAGCUGAGACAGUUUGCGUCUGAAUACGAGGUGUUCAAAUUGAGGCCUACGUUGGAGAGCAGGCACUUUUCGAGUUUGAUCAAGUUUUUGUCGCAGGUGGUGAUUUACUAUCCGAGUGACCUGCAGGAGUUUCCCACGCAGAUUUCGAACUUGGUUGAGAGGUAUGGACGGACGUUGUCGGUGGAAGUUCGCCAGACGAUCGUGAGGUCGUUGAUUUCGCUGAGGGUUCGAAACAUUGUCACGCCGAAGAGCGCGGUGGAGUUGUUCUUCAAGUUGUUCGAGAUUCCGGACAAGAGGAUGCGGGAGAUGCUGUACAGCCACAUGGUUAGCGACAUCAAGCGCUUGAAUUCCAGGAGGAGGGACGAGAGGCUGAACAGGAGCCUGCAGAGUUACCUGUGCGCGGUGGUGCAGGGGGAGGGGGGGUGCGCGGCGAGGAUGGCGCUCGAGGUGAUGGUGGCGUUGUUCAACGCCAAUGUGUGGAGAGACGGUAGAACCGUGUGUGGCAUCUGUAUGUGUGUGUUGAGCAAGGACGCGCAGCUUUCGGCGAGGGCGACCGAGUUUUUUUUGAGCGCGCCGGCGGCGGGGAGGGGGGGGGAGGACGAGGAGGUGGAGGAGAGGAGGAUUAGCAAGAAGAGGAGCAUGAUUUACAGGAGGUUUGGGCCGGGGGCGCCGAAGAAGGUGGCGCGCAGAAGGAAGAAGCUGAAGGCGGCGUUGAGUCAGCUGGCGACGGAGCGCGGCCAGCAUUUGGAGGAGCGCUUGGACGAUACGAGGGGAUACAACCACGCGGCGAUAAUGUUGAUACAGGAUCCGCAGGGAUACGCGGAACAGGUGUACCGUUGUUUGACGAGGGCGGUGGGGAAGUUGGAGUCGAAGAUUCGCUUGAUGAAUUUUUUGUCUCGAUUGAUAGCGGCGCAUAGGUUGUUCGUGCUGGACUUUUACUCGUACAUUCAGAAGUAUUUGAAGCCGCACCAGACGCACGUGACGGCGAUCAUGGUGGUGUGCGCGCAGGCGUGCCACCCGCUAGUGCCGCCGGAGUCGGUGGAGCCGUUGCUGAGAUGCAUUGCGAAUCAGUUCGUGUCGGACCGCAGGUCGCCGGAGGCGAUGGUGGUGGGGCUCAACACAAUAAGAGAGGUGGCCUUGAGGUGCCCGUUGGCCAUGCCGGAGGAGCUGCUGCACGACUUGGUCCAGUACAGGGUGGAUAGAGACAAGGGCGUCUCGAUGGCCGCGAAGAGUUUGUUGUCGCUUUAUCGCGUCCUGAACCCCAGCGCCUUGCCGCGCAAGCUCAGGCACAGAGAGUCGGCGGGCAAGGGGGCCCUGCCGCCUCGGGCGUUCGGAGAACAGCCCGUGCGCGAGUCGCUCGAAGGCACGGAGCUCCUGAACGACUACGAGCUCGGACGACUCCAGUUCGAAGACGAGCGCUCGCUCGGACGCGGCGCGAAGCGCGCGCAGGAGGAGGAGUCGAGCGAAGACCUCGACCUGGAGGACCUGGAGGACCUGGAGGACGCCGCCGAGGACGCCGCCGAGGACGACGCCGAGGACGACGCCGAAGACGACGACCUCGACCUGGAGGACCUGGAGGACCUCGAGGUCGACGCCGAGGACGACGCCGACGACACCGCCGAAGACGACGACCUCGACCUGGAGGACCUCGAGGUCGACGCCGACGACACCGCCGACGACACCGCCGACGACGCCGCCGACGACGACGACUGGAUCGAGCUGAACUCGACGGAGAACGAGGCGGCGCCCGCGCGCCUGGAGGCCACGCGGAUCCUCUCCGAGGGCGAAUGGGCCCUGCUGCGAAGGCUCAAGAAGGCUCGCGCGGAGGGGAAGCUGUUGAGGGUGGAGGGGCGCGAGUCCCCGGACGCGCCGGCUCGCAGCGAACUCGCGUCGAAGCUCGAGGCGCUGAGCGAGUCGGAAGUGGACGCGGACGGACUGCUGCGCUUCUUGAAGAGCAAGAAAAUGAGCAGGGAAGACCGAAUCAAGGUGUUGAGAGAAAACCGCGCGCAAAUGCUCUCCGACAGAAGCGAGAGGCGACAGCUGAAAAGGAGACUGCUGCGAACCAACGCCGCCAAAAGAAGGAGCAAGGCCUUCUCCAUGAUCAAACACAGCAAGAGGGUCACGGAGAAGCGCAUGCGGGGCGCGAAGGAAAUCAGGCGGCGACAGAGAACCUCCGCGCAGAGGCAGAUGCGCAUGAGCAAGUCGAUCCGAUCGAAGAUAUUGGGCUAGGCGAGGAACCACAAAAACAGACGCGACGCGGACGCGCCUCCCAAGCGAGUGUCUCGCAUGGGAAAUAUAUACAUACAUACAUGCCAUACAUAGUU